AUGAAGAUUCCAUCGGCCACGGCUCUGCUGGUCCUUGCUGCCUAUGCAUCCGCAUCUCAAGUCCUCCCCAGGAAUUACGACGCAAACGACUAUUACGUCCUUCACCUCGACGCCCAGACAUCCCCUAUCCAGGUAGCAAGGAGCUUGGGGCUGUCGCACGAAGGUCCUCUUGGAAACCUCAAGGACCACCACAUCUUUGUCGCAAGAAAGGCAGAGCACGAUAUUGUCAAAAGGGAGCUGACGGAAAGAAGACGGAGGAAGCGGUCGAUCGGUGGUUAUGAUGUCUUGGACGGUGUCCUCUUUUCCGAGAAACAAAAGUUGCGAAAACCAUGGGAGAAGCGCAUCAUUCCUGCACGACGACCAGAAGCCAUCCCCAAGCCGAAACCGCAGGUCGGGGUAGACUCGGCGCUCAAGGCGCAGGCAGAGGUUGCACAGGCACUCCAGAUCCAGGACCCUAUCUUCAACGAGCAAUGGCAUCUAUUCAAUACGGUCGAGGUCGGACACGAUGUGAACGUAACAGGUCUCUGGCUGGAGGGCAUUACUGGAAAGAAUGCCACAGUGGCCAUUGUCGAUGAUGGGUUGGACAUGUACAGCGAUGAUCUGAAGGACAAUUACUAUGCUGCCGGAUCUUACGACUUCAACGAUAAGACGGAGGAGCCGAAACCUCGUCUAUCAGACGACAGGCAUGGAACUCGUUGCGCCGGCGAGGUCGCAGCCGGUAGGAAUACCGUGUGCGGUGUCGGCGUUGCCUAUGAUGCCAGGAUAUCCGGCCAGCGCAUUCUUUCUAAGCUGAUCUCGGACGCCGAUGAGGCCGUUGCUAUGAAUUACGACUUUGACCACAACCAAAUCUACUCUUGCUCAUGGGGUCCCCCAGAUGACGGCAAGAGCAUGGAUGCUCCUGGUAUUCUGAUCAAGCGUGCCAUGCUCAACGCUGUUCAGAACGGGAGACAAGGUCUGGGGUCAAUCUAUGUGUUCGCGAGCGGUAACGGUGCCAUGGCGGAGGACAACUGCAACUUUGACGGAUACACAAACAGCAUUUACAGCAUCACGGUUGGCGCCAUCGACCGAAAGGGGCUGCACCCCUACUACUCUGAGAAGUGCUCGGCUGGUCUCGUCGUCACUUACUCCAGUGGCAGCGGUGAUGCGAUCCACACCACCGAUGUUGGCCAGAAUGCAUGCUCCAACACACAUGGAGGGACGUCGGCGGCUGCACCGCUCGCGGCUGGUAUCUUUGCUCUUGUGCUUUCGGUGCGCCCGGAUCUUACCUGGCGUGAUAUGCAAUACCUUGCCAUGGACACGGCCAUUCCUCUCAAUGAAAACGACGGAGAUUGGCAGCCCACCACCAUUGGCAAGCGCUUCAGUCACACUUACGGCUAUGGCAAGCUUGACAGCUACGCCAUUGUCCAUGCUGCUAAGAAGUGGAAGAACGUGAAGCCCCAGGCUUGGUUCUAUUCUCCUUGGAUUCACGUCAACCAGCCCAUUCCCCAGGGUGACAAGGGCAUUGCUGUUCCCUUUGAGGUUACCGAGGACAUGCUCAAGGAGGCCAACCUUGAGCGUCUCGAGCAUGUCACUGUCACUAUGAACCUCAAGCACGCCCGCCGCGGCGAUGUGAGCGUCGACCUGAUCAGCCCCAACAAGGUUGUCAGCCAUCUCUCCACCACACGCAAGUUUGAUGAUUCCACCGAGGGCUACGACGACUGGACUUUUAUGAGUGUUGCUCACUGGGGUGAAUCUGGUGUCGGCACCUGGACCAUCAUAGUCAAGGACACCAACGUAAACGACUUCACAGGCAGCUUCACGGACUGGCACCUCAAGCUCUGGGGCGAGUCGCGCGAUGCUUCCAAGGCCAAGGUUCUCCCCAUGCCCACAGAGGAAGACGACAACGACCACGCCAACCUCGCCACCACCACCGUCGGCGCCGUCACCACCACUGUCGCCCCUCCCGUCGGCACCGGAAACCCAGACGGCAACCCCUCCGUUCAACCUACCGAAGUUCCCAGCCGCCCGAUCAAACCCCCCCAGCCGUCAGAGUCUACCGGCACGGAUUCGCAAGAGGCCGAGCCAGAAAACACCCAGGCCAGCAACUGGUUGCCCUCAUUCCUUCCCUCGUUUGGCAUGUCCAAGGCUACUCAAGUCUGGAUUUAUGGAUCCCUCGUCCUGAUUGUACUUUUCUGCUCCGGGCUCGGAAUUUAUUUCUAUCUCGCCCGCCGCAAGAGGUUGAGAAACAACCCGAGAAACGAGUACGAAUUCGAGCUUCUCGACGAGGAAGAAGCGGAAGGUCUGGCUGGCAACAACAGCGAAAAGGGGGUCGCUGCGGCGGGGGCAGGGGGCAGAAAAGGGAGGACGAGAGGUGGGGAGCUGUAUGAUGCUUUUGCUGGGGGGAGCGACGAUGAGGAUGAGUUUGGUGGUGGUGCGGGGGGUGAUGAAAGGGGUGUUGGGUAUAGAGACCAGCCUUCUUCGGGUGGGAGUUCGUCUGGGCAGAGGAGCUCGAGGUCGGAGUCGGGGGAGAGGUUUGAUGAGAAGGGUGGGAUGAGGAGACAUAGUGAUGAGGAGGAGGAGGAUGAGCAGCAUGUUAUUGGGAGUGAGGAGAGUGGGUCGGAGGGGGAGGAGAGUGAGGAGGAGAGGCCUUUGAGGAGGUAG